UGCACUAUUUGCAGAGAUCAAGAAGAUAUACAUGCAGUGUUGCCCAUAUCUUCUUAAACAUACGACAUUUCCCAUUCAGUGCCUUUCCACGCAGCCAUGAUAUAUAAUCCGGGUACACUUCGUGUGUUGGCAGCUGUGAUUGUGCUUAUUAUUGUGGACGGUUCUUGUCCAAACUAUUGGACGGCGUAUGGAUCAAGCUGUUACGUUCUCAUCAAGAACCCGUCAACAUGGGCAGGAGCGGAUGACAUUUGCAAAGAUUUUGAUGCCUUUCUCGUGGAAGUCGACACUAAAGAUGAAAACGAAUUCCUGAAAAGUUUUCUGAAAAACAAAAGUUUGACCGUGAAGGCGGUAUGGCUUGGAGGGAACGACCUUCUCAGCGAGGACCACUGGAUGUGGGUUCAUAGCAAGGAGCCGGUGACGUUCACUGCCUGGGGUCCCUCACAGCCAGAUAAUGCUGCCAACGAAGAGAACUGUCUGGAAUUGUAUAUAGAAAAUAGUUACAAGUGGAACGACAACUCUUGUUCGGUGCGCCAGUAUUUCAUCUGUGAGCAACCUGAGCCAAGUGAUGUUAUCAUUGGCUAGACUGGUGACAACGUUUUAAUGAAUAAACUAAUCAAACUAUUUAA